GAAAGUCGGCGCCGGGGAGAAAUAUAGCGUGCAUAUAAAACCUCUCUCUAAGGGCAAUUCUCAGGCCUUCAACCCUAAUUUCUCUUCAGGGUUUUGCAGCCUACACCGCAGCUUCAAUAAUCUUCGCCGGGUUUUCUUCCAUCAGAAUGGGCAGAGUAACCAAGAAAACAAACACUAAAGUUAAUUCCGCUCCUGCAAAAGCUCCUCCAAGUAAGCCGAUGACGAGAGGUAAGAGAGAUGCUCAAGGUAAGCUUGAGAAGCCCGACGUGAAAAAGCAGAAGAAAGAUGUAGUAUUGGAGCAAGCUGAGGAGAAGAAGGUUGAGGAAAAGACACAGAAUAAUAUGGACAUCUGUUCUGCGGAAGAAUCUCCUGGGUCUGAAGAAGUGAAGGAAUCUGCUAAUAAAAUUGUACCUGAUCAGAAAGAAUCUGAGCUUGCAAACAAGGAGCAACAGUCAAACAGUUCAGAAGAAGGCUCUGGUAUCUGCUUGGGUGAGGCAAAAGUGGCACCGUCCAUCUCAGCUAAUAAUGAGGUAGCAAAUGACGAAAAAAGUGAAUCUAUUUCUGAAGAGGGCAGGCCGCAGGAAGAUGAAACAGUUGAGAAGGCUGCUCCUCAGGCACCUGUGACUUCAGAACAAGCCAAAAACGGCCCCGAGGAAAGCAGCUCUGAGGAAGAAAGCUCUGAGGAAGAUGUAGAAGCUAGUUCUGAUGAAGAUGUUGCAGCAAAAGCUGCAAAAAGCACAACCUCCGCAGCUGAAAAUGAAAUGGGAACUGAUGACGACAGUGAAGAUGAUGAUUCUGGAAGUGAAGAGGAUGGGUCUGGAAGUGAAGAUGAGGAGCCAAAGAGUACAGAUAUCAAGCCUCCGACCCCAGCCACACCAAAGGCUGGCGCACAAGGAUCAAAAACUAUCUUUAUUGGGAAUCUGUCAUGGUCGAUUGGGGAGGAUGAUAUUAAAACUUUCUUCAAGGACAUUGGAGAGGUUAAGGAAGUUCGUUUAAGUAAACUACCUAAUGGGAAGCUCAAGGGCUUUGGGCAUGUUGACUUUACCACUUCUGAGGCUGCUGUCAAGGCUCUUGAACUUGCGGGUAAAGAUUUGGGUGGCCGUUCCCUGAAAAUUGACCUUGCACUAGAGAAAACCGCUUCUACUCCUGAUAGUGGAAAACAAAAUAAUGCUCAAAAGCAAGGUACAAGUGGAGGUACAACUAUAUUUGUUAGAGGGUUUGACAAGAAUGAUUCUGAAGAAGAGGUUAGGAGUGCUCUUGAGAAACAUUUUGGCUCUUGUGGAGAAAUCAAAGACACAAGACUUCCAACAGAACAUGGCUCUCUUAAAGGGAUGGCAUAUAUUGAGUUUGCACGGAGCGAAGCAGUAAACAAAGCACUUAAACUCAAUGACUCCAAACUUGGAAGCAACACCUUGCAAGUUGAAGAAGCUAAGCCAAGAGGAGAUAGUGGUGGUGGAAGAAGUGGCGGACGUGGUGGAAGAGGUGGCGGGCGUGGUAGAAGGGGUGGCCGUGGUGGCCGAAGGUAAUUGUUGCAGCCCAACCCUUUCUCUGACGGGUAGGAAGAAAGCAAAACAUUAGGUGAUGAUUGAGAGUGAAAAUGGAGUUAUGAACUUGGCCAACUGGAAACCCCAUUUUUGUUUGUUUACAUAUUGAAUUCUUGUUUUUUUUGUUUUGUAGCAUGGACCGUAUUUCAUUUGCUGUUUAGAUGCGUUUCUGGGUGAUAAUUUGUUUUAUUUGUUUUGGUUCUGUUUACAACCUUUAAUCAAAUGUGCUGUUAUUA